CACGUAUAAAAAAGCCUCCCGAAGCACAUUCAGCUCCAGGAAGCAGCUCUCUCUGAUCCUCUGGAACAUUUGUCCAUCUAAGAGGCUAACUUAAAGGUGCAGAAUGGAGACCAGAGGGUCCAUGGAGAGGCUGUUACUUGCCUUGGUCGGUCUGUGUGUCUCUUUUCAAAGGGCUGGGGCAGCUUUCCCCAGAAGCUCCUCACGGUGCACAUUUAUUCCAAGGAACAUGGCUCUAUGCUAUGAUAUUGGCUAUUCUGAAAUGCGAAUCCCCAACUUGCUGGAACAUGAAACCAUGGCUGAAGUGAUUCAGCAGUCCUCCAGCUGGCUGCCACUGCUGGCCAGGGAAUGUCAUCCUGAUGCCCGGGUCUUUCUUUGCUCACUCUUCGCACCGAUUUGCCUGGACAGGAUCAUCUACCCUUGCCGAAGUCUCUGUGAAAGUGUUCGGGACAGCUGCGCCCCCAUCAUGGCUUGUUAUGGAUACCCCUGGCCCCAGAUCCUCCACUGCGAUAACUUUCCCAUGGAUCACAGUCUAUGUAUCUCUGCAAUCACUGAUGAGAUGAGUACAAGCAGGAGAAUUCCUCGAGCCAGCUGCCAGGACUGUGAGUUGGAAGAGGCAAGCUCCCUAAAGGAGGUUCUGGAUACCUUCUGUACCAAUGAUUUUGCCAUGAAGAUCCAGAUCUCCCGGAGGAACCAGACCUCAUCCAGCAUCUCUGGCUACAACAUGGACUCGCGGUUGGAGGUGAUAAAGCGUGGGCCCCUGCUGCCAGCAGAGAUCCAGCCCAGACUGCAGCAGUGGCUGGAGUGGGAUGCUACCUGCGUACACAACCUUAUGCGGGGCACUCAUGCGGGGGCCUACAUAAUCAGCGGGGAGGUCCAGGGCAGCCGUCUGGUGGUUAACAAGGCUUAUGCCUGGAACAAGAGGAACCGGAACCUGCAGCUUGCAGUCAGAAAGUGGAAGCCCCACUGGUGCCGACACUAGGGCAGCCUCCCCAGCAGAAGAAAGAUGCAAAGUCAGAUCCCUCCCUCAUCCUGGGAAGAAAUCAUUCCCUUUCUAUCUAAGGACACUGACUGGAAAGCCAAAACUCUGGCAGGGAGGUUAUCUUACUCAGACCCCUAGUAACUGGUUAUCCAAGUAAAAAAGGGACUUGUUGAUCCAGCUCUUGUCCAUAAUGUAUGCUAAGAGAUGUGAUAAAGGACACGCAGGUGUGAUAGAAGGCAGACUCUACCCAGACAGAAA